AAAAAGCUACAAAUGAAUACAACACCAGCGAGGACUGGGGGCUCAUCAUGGAUAUUUGUGACAAAGUUGGAAGCACUCCCAAUGGAGCCAAGGAUUGCCUUAAAGCCAUCAUGAAGAGAAUGAAUCACAAAGUUCCCCACGUGGCUUUGCAAGCUCUCACACUUUUAGGAGCCUGUGUCUCAAACUGUGGGAAAAUAUUCCACUUGGAAGUGUGUUCUCGGGAUUUUGCCACUGAAGCUCGAGCUAUAAUAAACAAGGCUCACCCAAAAGUGAGUGAAAAGCUAAAAAGCCUCAUGGUGGAGUGGUCAGAAGAAUUCCAGAAAGACCCACAAUGUAGCUUAAUAUCUGCAACCAUCAAAUCCCUGAAGGAAGAAGGGGUCACUUUUCCUGCAGCAGGAUCCCAGGCUUCCACCAACGCUGCUAAGAAUGGCUCCUCAUCCAGCAAAUCCAAGGAAGAUGAGGAUAUAGCUAAAGCCAUCGAAUUGUCUUUGCAAGAGCAGAAACAGCAGCAAAUGGAAACCAAAUCCUUGUACCCAUCUGCAGAAAUGCCACAAAACCCCCCGAGCCUGAGGAAGGUGCGAGCUCUCUAUGACUUUGAAGCUGUGGAGGACAAUGAGCUCACCUUUAAAAGUGGAGAAAUUAUUUUUGUUUUGGAUGACAGUGAUGCCAACUGGUGGAAAGGGGAGAACCACAGAGGAGUGGGGCUCUUCCCAUCCAAUUUCGUCACCUCUGACUUGUCUGUGGAGCCCGAGGCAGCAGCUGUGGAUAAAAUCUCUGUUCCUGAGGAUGCUGCAGAAGAAAUUAAGAAAGCAGAACCUGAGCCAGUUUAUAUAGAUGAGGACAAGAUGGAUAAAACACUGCAGGUACUUCAGAGCAUAGAUCCCAUGGACCUAAAGCUCGAUUCUCCAGAUCUCCUCGACUCAGAAGAUAUCUGCCAGCAGAUGGGUCCAAUGAUAGAUGAAAAACUCGAGGAGAUAGAUAGGAAACAUUCCGAGUUAUCCGAACUGAACGUGAAGGUUCUGGAAGCUCUGGAGCUCUACAACAAACUGAUGAAUGAGAGCCCCAUGUACUCAGCCUACUCCAAACUCCAGCACCCUGCACAAUUCCCACCCACCUCCUCUGGAGUCUCCCUGCCGUCGUAUCCUGUGCAGCCUCCCAGUGGGAAUUACAUGAUCCAGGGAGUGUCCAUGUCCCCAGGAUACAGCCUGGCCCCGGAGCAGGUGAGCCAGGUGAGGUCUCUGCCUCAGAGCAUCAACUCUGCAGCCACUCAGCCACCUCCAGCUGCUUAUUUAAGCCCCGGCCCCGACCCCACGCUGCCGCCGCCCUUCCCGAGCGUCACCGGCACCGCUGCCGCCUUCCCCCAGCACCAGAUGGGCAUGGCCGUGGACAUGGCAGCAUUCCAGAGCAGCCAAGGACCAGCUUAUCCCGUGCCUCUUCCUGCUCAUUCCCUGCUCCAGCAGCAGAACAAUUUCCAUCAGCAGCCUCUGCUUUAAACGGCCGGAAUGGAGGAAUUGCGACCCGAGGAUCUUUGGGAGUCCCUGCCGUGGAUAUCAAAGUCCAUCUUCCUCUCAAAUAACCCAACUCGCUGCGUUAGGGUGAUGCAGAGUAAAAAUAGGCACCAGCUCUGAUGGUUAUUUGCAUUUUUGCAUCCUGAACUAGAUUAGGGGAUGGUUUAAAAUAAUUCCCCGUUCCUCCGAGUCCCUUCUGGUUUGUUGUUUUUUUUUCCCCUACGCUUUCAGGAAACGCCACUUGUGAAUCUUUGAGAGAUUGUCCCAAAAUAAUUCUCUUUUCAGUGUGUUUCUGGAAGCUUGAGGAUGCUGAGGUGCUGUUGCUUUGCCUCCUCUGGUGUCUUCUGUAAUCCUUCUGUCCCAGGGCCUUUAGGGAAUCUCUGCAGUUCGGGGUCCCCUUCCUGAAGGAAGAUCCGAGGGAUCCCUGGCUCUGGCUGGAAGAGGAAAUUCUGCCACUCAGAAUAGGAAAUAGGAGAAAAAGAGGGUUUCAACAGUGCUUGCUGCCUCUAUAUGUCAGAAAAUGCAGAGAACUGCUGUGUUUUUCUGGAGGAAAAGAAGUUUUCCUCAAAUUCCCCAGUGUUGGCGGAGGUGGCGCUGGGAAGAGCGGGCAGGGGAUGCUCCCAGCUGUGCACUCCGUGGAUCCAAGGUGCUGAGCCAGGAACUCGCCCAGAAUCCCUCUUCAGUUUUCCCUUCUGGAUGGAUGGAGAAGUGGAGGAGAAUUGUCAUUCUUUGUGGGAAAGUGGGGGGCUGGAGAAGGUUUGAAGCUGCUGAAGACUCUGAGGAUCUGUUCCCUUUCCAAGGGGGAGCUGAGCGCAACGGGAAUCGUUUUGAUGGGACCAGGGGGUUCUGCCUCUCUUGGAUUUCCUCUCUCUGCCACGGUGUUGGUGUCUAAAGAAGCCCUGACCCCAGAGGAGCUCCUGCAGCACUUGGGAAAGGGGGGUUUAGGCACAUCCCACGUGCUGGUGGCUGGGAUUGGGCUCCUGUGCACAGGGAAAAGCAGAGCCGUGUCCCUGGAGCAGGGAUUGCCCCGGAGCUGGGCACUUGUGGCAGUUGGUGAGAAAAGAAAUCCAAGAAUUUCUUCCCUGAUGCACUUUUUAAAAGGUGGGGUUUGUCCAAGGGAGCACAUGAGCUGGAUUAUCCUUUGGGAAUGUGGGAUUUCUUUCUUUUUCUGGUUUCAACUGCUGGAGAAAAAAAAAAAAAUAUCACUUCAUCCUCCUGUUUACCUCCUCACUGGAGCAUGGUCACAUUUAUCCUGCUUUUAACCACCUCUGGUGAGUGAGAGUCCUUGGGUUGGGGAAAUAAUGGAAGCAAAUUACUGACAGAAACAUCUCAAUUAAAUGCAGGAAGCUCCCAGGUGUCUAAAUAAGCAUUUUUGAUGGAUAAAUUUCAUCCCAGAUUGGAACUCCCAGGCUGCUGAGUGCCAAAACCCACCCUUCACUCAGCACCUCCUCCAUCUCUUUUCCCUUUUAUUUAAUUAUUUGCUACCUUGACCUUACAUUUGCAGCCUCGUGCUCAUGCAAAAAGCCUUCAGCACCUGCUCUCUAAAUCACUUUUUAUUUAAAUGUGUGCAAUUGGAAGGAGGAUUUUGUCUUUCCUUUGGACAUGACUUUAAUUACCCUGGAAGUAGCUCAGUACAAAUAACACACGUGGCAAUACUGAAGUGUUUUGAUAACUUGUUCCUUGUGUCUUUUUUGAGGAAAUGAAUUUAUUUCCACGCUGCUGUUUCAAAUUCUGGUUGUCUGGAGCUUUUAUUUUUCGGAGUUUACUUUGUUCCAAGUUGGUUUGGGGUCAGACUCUCAUUGCUAUGAACUCUCCAUGUUUGUCAGGAAAUUUAAAUUGGUGGGGUUGUUUUUUUGAUUCUGAGCUUUGGGCCAAGAGAAAUCUUCAAUUGAGCCAGCCAGAUGUGAUUUGAUGAUGUUAAUUGUUAAAUAUAAAUAAUGUACAUACUCAUUUGUCUGAGAUUUUCUACACAGCUCCACACAUGCCUGAACUUUUAUAAAGCUGGGUUUGUCCUUCUGUCACCUCUUCUACUCCUAACUCUGUGAUAUGCAACUUGUAGAUAGUGUAAAAUAAUUUAAUUAUUAUUAAACCGGUGUAUUUAGAGGGGGUUGGUGUUUCUCUUCAUACUUCUAGACAUGAUCAUAUUUAUUUUUAAGGCCUGAUUGUAACUGAACAUGCUGCCAAAGGAUUUCUCUAACUCCAGAUUUCUACCUUAGGUUUCUACCUGCUGUUUUCUAUCAGGAAUUCAGGGUGGAGAACUCCUGCUUUUUCAUAUAAACCCUUCACACAGGAACCUGGGCGACUUUCUAAUGAGACUUUCCACGUGAUAUCUUUGUUUCAUGGCUGUUAAAUAUCACUCUGAGACCCAUUUUCCUUUGGUGUUGAGCUGGGGACCUGUUGUGUCUGUUGAAUUUGUCACCCCAGAGCGCUCUGAGGGGUU